GGCCCCGCGCCAUGGCCCGGGCGGCCUGAGGAGGGGUUGGGGGGCGAGCGGCGGCCGCCCCAUGCGGCGCGGGUAGCGCCCGUCCCCGAGGGAGCCGAGCCGAGAGCCAUGGCCGACGCGGUGCCCGUUGAGCCGGGGCCGGAGCCCCAGCGCGACCCUGAGCCCCCCCGCGAGCCCGAGCCGCGGCCGGAGCCCCAGCCGGAGCCCGAGCGCGGCGACGCGCCGGCGGCGGACGGCGAGGCCGGGCGGCUGCCGCCCCCCGGGGCGGAGGAGGCGGAGGGCGCGGGCGGCGCCGAGGGGCGGCCGGCGGCGGGCGGAGCGGCGCGGCCCGGCCUGGGCCCGCGGUACCGGUCGUCGGUUGGCCGCGCCGAGGAGUGGCCGGUGAAGAAGAAGCACCGUCGGCGGCCGUCGAAGAAGAAGCGGCGCUGGAAGCCCUACUCGAAGCUGAGCUGGGAGGAGAAGCAGCAGUUCGACGAGCGGCAGAGCCUCCGCGCCUCCCGGCUGCGCGCCGAGAUGUUCGCCAAGGGGCAGCCGGUGGCCCCCUACAACACCACGCAGUUCCUGAUGGAGGACCACGACCAGGAGGAGCCCGACCUGAAAACCGGGCUGUACCCGCGGCGAGCGGCCGCCAAGUCGGACGACACGAGCGAGGAGGAUUUCCUGGAGGAGGCGGCGGAGGAGGACGGGGGCAGCGACGGGAUGGGGGGGGACGGCAGCGAGUUUCUGCAGCGGGACUUCUCGGAGACCUACGAGCGGUACCAUGUGGAGAGCCUGCAGAACAUGAGCAAGCAGGAGCUGGUGAAGGAGUACCUGGAGCUGGAGAAGUGCCUCUCCCGCAUGGAGGAGGAGAACAACCGGCUGAGGAUGGAGAGCAAAAAACACGGGGGGGAAACGGCGGAGACGGCGCGGGUGCGGCAGCUGGAGCUGGAGGUGGACAGGUUGCGAGCGGAGAACCUGCAGCUGCUGAAGGAGAAGGACCUGCCCGGGCAGGAGAAGGGCCCCUGCAAGCUGGGGGAGUGACACUGGGGGGUACGGGGGGGGCUUUUUACAGUGGUGGGUGUAACAUUCUAUACAUCUGUACAGAGACGCCGCGGACCCUUUUUAACGGGAAUAAAGCGCAGUUGGGGAGCGGGGGGGCCUCCCCCCCCCUUUUUAGGUGGCGGUGGGGGGGUUGUGAUGUAUUGGUGAUAUUUGGUUUAUGUUUUGGGUUUUUUUUUUUUGUGUCUAAACAAAAAAAAAAAAAAAUUCCCCAGGAAAGCUGUAAAUUGGCCAAAACUGACUAUAAAAAAUUAUAGAGGUCUAAUAAAUUUAAUUACUUGUAA